AGAUUGCCAGUCCGGGCCUGACAGGGGCUCCUGCAGCACACAGCAACAAAAUGCCUCUUUGCAGACAACCAUUAUGCGAAACAGUUUAAUGUCUCCCCAUAACUUGAUGCGAUUUGUUCAGGCUGGUCUUAUUUUAUGAUACACAUCAGAAACGUCUGCCUUAUUGUGAACUUCUGCUGCCCGACUCGUAGUCAGAGCCAGUGUGACACGUCAGCUCAUAGUCAUUGCUUCCUCUAUUAAGAUUCAACCAUUGAUUUUUUUUCUUUCCUAGGAGUGUAGCACACCAUAUUUACUUGUGCCACGAGCAUACAAGCUGGAAAGCAGCGUUUUCCGUCCACGAAUAAAAAGCGCAAACAGCUUUCCACCACGGGGAUAUCAGAUCAGUUGCUUAAUAUAAAUUGGGAAAGGCUGUCUGGCUGGAGCUAUCUCAAUUUCUCUCACUUAAUCUUGGCUCCACGUCAGAAGCUGUGCAGCAGUGCAGCAGAAAGGGAGAACAGCAAACCCUCUUAAAUCGCUCUUUCACAUAGACUUCCCCAUAGCUCAGCGAUUUUUCGAGCUGGAUUAUCUAUUGAUUGCCUUCCCUCCCCCCUUCAUCCCUUCCAGGAUCACCGGGAUGGACAUAUGCGUUUGGAUUUCUCAAGGAUUCUCCCCCCUCUGACUAACAUGGAUGUCCCACCAUUCCUUGCAGUUGAAGGUUGCUCCUUGGCGCAGUGAAUGAAGAACAUGCAGGGAUUGCUAAUGGGUUUGGGAAGCGGAUCCUCCUCGCUGUUGUCUCUGUGACCAUGCCGUGAUUGUGUCUGAGGGCCAUCAGUCUAUGUCCUUUCAUUCGUACCCUGUCGGGGAAGCUGACGCUCUAUAGGGUGAAGGAGACACGAGGAUGUGCGCUGGAACCAUGAAGAUUAUUUCCCCUUCCCUAACUAAUUCAUUCUUCAGGUGCACCCUCCGAUUCGUGGCUUGCUUAUUUUGGAUUGGCUAUUCUCAAGGGACCACACAUGUUUUACGAUUUGGAGGAAUUUUUGAAUCUGUUGAAUCUGGACCCUCUGGAGCAGAAGAAUUAGCUUUCAGGUUUGCUGUGAAUACAAUUAACAGAAACCGAACAUUACUGCCAAACACAACAAUAACGUAUGAUACUCAAAGGAUAAACCUCUAUGACAGCUUUGAAGCAUCUAGAAAAGCAUGUGAACAGUUGUCUCUGGGAGUAGCAGCAAUUUUUGGACCAUCGCACAGUUCAUCAGCUAAUGCAGUGCAAUCUAUCUGCAAUGCACUAGGGGUUCCACACAUUCAGACGCGAUGGAAACAUCAGGUUUCUGACAACAAAGACUCUUUCUAUGUCAGUUUGUACCCAGACUUUUCAUCACUCAGUCGGGCAAUCCUUGAUUUGGUGCAGUUCUUCAAAUGGAAGACGGUUACAAUUGCAUAUGAUGAUAGCACAGGCCUUAUUCGGCUACAAGAGCUAAUAAAGGCACCAUCUCGAUACAACUUAAGACUCAAAAUCCGUCAGCUGCCAAUUGACACUAAAGAUGCCAAGCCACUACUGAAAGAGAUGAAGAGAGGAAAAGAGUUCCACGUUAUUUUUGACUGCAGCCAUGAUAUGGCAGCAGGUAUAUUGAAACAGGCAUUAGCGAUGGGUAUGAUGACAGAAUAUUAUCAUUAUAUUUUCACAACACUGGAUCUGUUUGCUUUGGAUGUAGAACCAUACAGGUAUAGUGGUGUUAACAUGACUGGAUUCCGAAUCUUGAACAUUGAGAACAGCCAAGUGUUAUCUAUCAUUGAAAAAUGGUCUAUGGAAAGAUUGCAAGCACCCCCUAAACCAGAUUCUGGAUUACUGGAUGGAUUUAUGACGACUGAUGCUGCAUUAAUGUAUGAUGCUGUCCAUGUGGCAUCAGUAGCUGUUCAGCAGUUUCCACAGAUGACUGUCAGCUCUUUACAAUGUAACCGCCAUAAACCUUGGAGGUUUGGUGCCCGCUUUAUCAAUCUCAUUAAAGAGGCUCACUGGGAAGGCCUCACAGGAAGGAUUACUUUCAACAAAACCAAUGGCUUACGGACAGAUUUUGAUUUGGAUGUGAUCAGUCUCAAGGAAGAAGGCCUUGAAAAGAUUGGAACCUGGGAUCCUACUAGUGGUCUGAAUAUGACAGACAACCAGAAAGGGAAACCUGCAAAUAUAACAGAUUCCUUGUCAAAUCGUUCAUUGAUUGUCACUACCAUUUUAGAAGAACCUUAUGUAAUGUUCAAGAAAUCAGACAAACCCCUAUAUGGAAAGGCUAGAUUCGAGGGCUACUGCAUUGACUUACUUGAAAAAUUGUCUAGGAUUCUUGGCUUUGAAUAUGAAGUCAGACUAGUUGAAGAUGGUAAAUAUGGAGCCAAAGACGAUAGCACUCAACAGUGGAAUGGGAUGGUCCGUGAACUGAUGGAUCAUAAAGCUGACCUUGCAGUUGCACCACUCGCUAUAACAUAUGUAAGAGAGCAAGUCAUUGACUUUACCAAACCAUUCAUGACUCUUGGAAUAGGUAUCUUGUACCGAAAGCCCAAUGGUACAAACCCCGGCGUGUUCUCCUUCCUGAAUCCUCUUUCCCCUGAUAUCUGGAUGUAUAUUCUGCUGGCUUACUUGGGUGUCAGUUGUGUGCUCUUUGUCAUAGCCAGGUUUAGCCCCUAUGAAUGGUAUAACCCGCACCCUUGCAACCCUGACUCAGAUGUGGUGGAAAACAAUUUUACCUUGCUAAAUAGUUUCUGGUUUGGAGUUGGAGCUCUCAUGCAGCAAGGUUCAGAACUCAUGCCCAAAGCCCUCUCCACAAGGAUAGUAGGAGGAAUAUGGUGGUUUUUUACACUUAUCAUCAUUUCCUCAUAUACUGCCAACUUAGCUGCAUUUCUUACAGUGGAGAGAAUGGAAUCUCCCAUUGACUCUGCAGAUGACUUAGCUAAACAGACUAAAAUAGAAUAUGGAGCAGUUCAAGAUGGUGCAACAAUGACUUUUUUCAAGAAAUCAAGAAUACCCACAUAUGAAAAGAUGUGGGCUUUUAUGAAUAGUAGAAGCCAGUCAGUGCUUGUCAAAAAUAACGAAGAAGGAAUCCAGCGCGCACUAACCUCUGAUUAUGCUUUUCUAAUGGAGUCAACAACCAUUGAAUUUGUUACACAACGUAACUGUAACCUGACACAGAUUGGAGGCCUUAUAGAUUCAAAAGGUUAUGGAGUGGGAACUCCUAUGGGUUCGCCAUACAGAGAUAAGAUCACAAUAGCCAUUUUGCAGCUUCAGGAGGAAGGAGUACUCCACAUGAUGAAAGAAAAAUGGUGGAGAGGCAAUGGUUGCCCUGAAGAAGAAAGUAAAGAAGCGAGUGCCCUUGGAGUCCAGAAUAUUGGUGGAAUUUUUAUUGUUUUAGCAGCUGGUUUGGUUCUUUCUGUUUUUGUUGCUGUUGGAGAAUUUUUAUAUAAGUCCAAAAAAAAUGCUCAAUUAGAAAAGAGGUCUUUCUGCAGUGCAAUGGUAGAAGAACUGAGGAUGUCUCUUAAGUGUCAACGACGGUUAAAACAUAAACCACAGCCUCCUGUAAUUGUCAAAACAGAGGAAGUUAUCAACAUGCACACAUUUAAUGACAGAAGAUUGCCAGGAAAAGAAACUAUGGCAUAGAGCUGGGUUUAAGACUAUCCCAAGCACAAACUGUCAGCUUUUUGUUUUUAGUUUCCAAACAACUCUGCAAGAAUGUUUCCUGUGGAAAUAUGCAUCCUGUGCAAAUAAAAUGAGUUACCUCAUGUUGCUUUGUCUAUGAACUUGAGACGUUUCUGAUCCAUUGGUCAGAUCCCAACUGCAAGACUCAUGGAUAAACUAAGAAUUUCUGCGGAGGUUAAACACAUUUUUUUCAAGGGGUCCACCAUUCUUCUGAAUGUAAACGUGUACGUUUUGUGGUUGCUUUUCAAAUGAGGUCCCGAGAGAAAAUAAAAUCAACAAAAAAAAUGUAAAAAAUAAAAUAAAAAAGGAUACAGAGAAAAGUUAUUUUGAAGCUCACCAAUUUUAACGAAAUGCAACUGAAAAUUCUCAGAGCAAACAUCGAAAAAACAAAAGAUCAUUUCUAGACUUUAUCAAAACAGUUGUAUGCUCUGUGUAGCAAAGCGGAGAAGAGAAAUAUGAUACUGCUAACCUAUAAGUAUAUGGCAAACUCAACUUUUGAACUGGACAGGCAGGCACUGUAAGGUUUUUCUUAAGGAUGGCAAGCAAUUACUAAACAUAUCAGAAGAUUUUUAUCAGUUAUGUGGACUCCAUGUUUCACUGUCAAAUAAAACAGCAAGGCAAUAAUUGUAUUGUUCAAUUCAACCAGAAUACAGCAUUUCUAAGUAAAAAAAAAUCAGUCUGACUCAGUCUUUGCUGAUAUAUGCAUUAUGGAGUUCAGAAGAAUGUAACUUUAACUGUUAUUUUAGUAGAGGGCAAUGUGUAUGUUGCAGAGAAAGUGUCAAAAUAUACCCUACAGAGAGAUGAAAAUGUUUCCCUUUUGCCAUAUAAACCCCACUGAGCCUCUGCAGUUUUGUUCUGCUGUGUAGAAGUUCACAUACCACAUAAUUGUCACAUCAAUGAACUUUGAGUGGACUGAAUAACACAGUCAGCAUUUAAUGAACAAAAUCCUUGAGCAAUUUUUAUUUAAAAAACUGUUCAGGUUUAUUUGUGGAAAUGCAAAAUUUCUAUAAGAAUAGUUUUUGUAUGGAAUUUUUUGUAAUUCUUUUUAUCAACAAAAUCCGAACAUACGCUUCUGUCAGGGGUGUGAUGCCAAGCAAGAAUGGUAGUGUUGGGGCACCACCAACGUUUGGUGAGAUUAUUUUUAUCAAGUUCAAUAAAAAAUAUAUUAUUUUCAAUUAAAUAUUGCUUGUUGCACUACCAGCACUGCUUCCCAUGCAACACCCCUGAUUUUCACAAAGCUACAAACAUACUGUAAUGAUCAGUUGUGUGUAAAUGGUAAAAUACAGUCUUCUUGACCACAUUGUGAUAACAGUUUCAGUACACACAGUUUCCUGUCUGAAUACAAUGCACAAAAUAAACAUGAAAAAAAUGUAUGUAUUUUAUUUUGUAUACUACUUGAAACAUGAUAUAAAUUAUUUUCUUGGCACGCUUUAAACAUUUAAAUAGAAAUGUGGCCACAGUGCGUUUGAGUUGACCCGCAUUUUUUCACUUUUAUCAGACUCUGGCCUAGCUUUUCCAUCUAAAAGGCCAUAUCACACCAUAUUACUUGAAACACUAUACGCUUAAAAGAAUAUCACACAAAAUGAAGCCAAAUUUUUUAAAGAACAUGUAGAGAAAAAGGGUAAAAUACCUAACAAUAUCUGUGUAGGGCAAAGCAGAAUAUACAAGCAUUGUUACAAGUGCCAUUAACAAAUCAAGGGAAUGUUAUGCAACAAUUAUAUAUUCUUCUCUUAAUAGUUUAAUAUAUUUUCAAUAUUAGAUCCAAAAGGGUGGUAGUGUACCUUUUAAUCUUUCUUGAUCGUUUCCUUAUUAUCACCUUAAUUGACUUCUCUCUAUUAUUUAAAAAAGGGAUAUUGAAAAUAUUUAUGCCAUAUAAUGGUGAAAACUGUUCAUCCAUUAUCAGAGUUAUAAUGGAUAUUCAGAAUUUAUUUUGCAUCACUAGUCUAUAAUUUGCUAAUAUUGGUUUCUCAUUUCAUAUAUUUUAUUUAUUAACCAUGAAGAAACUCAAUUCUGUAUUUCUUGUAUAUUAGGCUAAUUAUAAAAAAAUACUCAUACACCUUAACAAUACAUAUUUAUACAUAUUUAUGAGUUAAUGUGUUAAUAAUAAGAAGCAGACGAGAGUAUUGGUACUGUAGCUUAAAUUGAUCUUUACACUGCAAGCUGUCCAAAAAGACAUAUUGGAGUGUUGGGUGCUUUGUGUCUAAUAUAAAACCUGACCAGACUAAUGAAUCUCAAGCUAUGAAAUGUAUAGGGUACAACCCUUAGUAUAGUCAGUCAUGACUCUCCCUACUUCAGUUUGCCCAUCACAACUGUGAUAAUCAACCAGUUUUUUAACUGCUUUGUGUAUGCCUUGUAAAAAAACAUGAUACUUUGUUCAUAAAAAAAUAUAUAUGUAAUGGUGGUAUUAGUCACACUUUUAAGAGAAAGUAAAGAAAGCUGGCUGAGUACAAUACAUUACUAGAAAAUAGCACACAUACAUAAAUGCAUUUGCUGUAUUUGCAAAAGUUUAGAAAGUUUGAUCACAAUGUCAACGAUCAUUUUCCAUUGGCAAUGAAUACUCCCCUUUGCAAAUAACAAUAUGAACUAGUAAAUUGCCUAUGUUUGUAUGUCUUCACAUACUUGCUGUUAAAUGCUUAGAGAAUGGUUUGUCUCAGUUAAUGUGUUUAUUGCCCAUUGUCCUGGAAAGCCUAUUUUUUUUUAUAUAUUUGGUUAAUAUAUCUGUAUGACCUCAGCAUUUGUGUCUUCUUAAUGCUUGGUUUAUUGUGAUUUUGCUGGAUACUAUCCAUUAACUGAGUAUUUAAAUGUAAAUACAUUUCUCCAAGGAGCAAUAUUGUUUCGAACCUGAAUAUCACCAGAUGUAUCUUUCAUAUUGUACAUUAAAGGGGGAAUGUAAUUAAAAAUUGCAAGCAUUAUUUAAAAUGGCAUUUUUGCGAAUGUUUAGUGCUGCUCGCAAUGUAAAAUAACUCACUGGCAAAUAUAGCAUCGCUCGUUAUCAUUAAGCAAAGGUUAGCAUUAAACACAUGCUCUGAAAUUUCAUUGAAUAAAAAAAAUGCUUUGCGAUUGA